UUGUGCCGCGCAAAAUUAGACCGAAUUACAAAAUCCGGUCGGACCAUCCUCUCCACAUAUCAUCUUUACUAGUUGUAUUCACCAAUAAAUAGAUGAAAAUACUUAGACUGAUAGUGCCUAAGAUACUGACACAUGGGGCCAUACGGAAUGUGCGAAAUUCCAGUUCAAAGACCUUGUUUAAUGGUGCCAGAAAUUACUUUUUAUCAUUUGGAAAGCCCGAUGUCAUCGCUGAUGAUGAAGAUAUAGAAAUCCCUUACAUUCAAUAUCCAGUAGUGACUCGAGAACAGAUGCGGAAGGUGAUUCGAAAUGAUAAGUUUAAAUUCGACUUUGCCUAUUCAUCAUUUGCUUAUCACAGUAUAAGUUCUCUCCCAUUAAUUCAUUCACUAUCUGAUUUAACAGAACCAACUCAACUUACAUCUUUAUUACCAAGAAGACGACCUCAUGGUUCACCAUCUGAUACUCUUUCUAUUCGGGCAGGUGAUGAUACUAUGUUGGUGUCUCCUACCAUUUUAGCCGUGGCCGAUGGAGUGUCGGGAUGGGAAGAUAAGGAAGGAGAAGAUCAAUGUUCUUCAGGAAUCUGGUCUCGAUCGAUGGUAGAAACCUUUUCACGACUCAUGACUGAGUAUCGGAUAAGUCAUUCACCGCAUCUACUUAAGAGACGAGACAUUAAUCAAAUCUUGGAUGAUUCAUUCUUACACACUCUGCAUCUUAUGGAUCUUCAGAAUCUUCAAGGUUCUUCGACUCUCAUAUUGGGGAUGCUUAGUGGAGAAUACUUACAAAUGAUCAGUAUAGGAGAUUCCAAACUUUAUGUGGUUAGAGAUGGAGAAGUGGUUAUGACCAAUGAAGUACAAAUGGUAUCUGAAUUAUGUCCACAACAGAUUGGAACUCAGACAUUAACUAUCUUACCAUCUUCUGCAGCAUGGGUUAAAUCUUUUAAACUUAAAGAAAAUGAUAUCAUCUUAGUAUGUUCGGAUGGACUUUCCGAUAACUUAUAUGAUUGGGAGAUUGUACAUUAUUUGGAUGAAUUCUUAAACAUUAAGAAAGAUAGUCUUAGUAGUGCAGCCAAUAAAUUACUCCUCAAGGCUAAAGAAGUUGCCUUUGAUGAUUUUGCAUAUACUCCAUAUAAUGAGAAGGUUAAUGCUUUACCCCAUGAAAAGUAUGGGAAUAAUUCGAGUGUGGGAGGGAAGUUGGAUGACAUCUCUAUCUGUUUGGGGCGAGUCAAGUUGAAUAAGAAUGAAGUAGUAGUGAAGUAGUAGUAGUAGUUAUACUUUAUACACUAUAUAGUAAUACAAUUAAUACAGAAU